AUGACAGAGGUGGCAGAUAGUUAUCUAGAGGAUAUCAAUAACGAUGUCUGCCCAAUCUGCAAAACCGACAAAUAUUUGAACUCGAACAUGAAGUUCCUCAUUAAUCCAGAAUGCUAUCAUAAGAUUUGUGACUCGUGUGUCGACCGUAUCUUCUCUUCGGGACCUACAAAGUGUCCUUACCAAGGUUGUGAAAAGAUUUUGCGUAAAAACAAGUUCAAGUCCCAGAUUUUCGAAGAUAUCUCGAUCGAGAAAGAAAUAGAUAUCCGGAACCUGAUCGUCAAGAUCUUUAACAAAACAGAGAAGGAUUUCAAGACGCUAGAAGAGUUUAAUGCUUAUUUAGAGAAAAUCGAGGAAAUCAUUUAUAAUAUUUUGAACGGGGUUCAAGUCAAGGAAACCAAUGAAUAUAUUGCCAAUUACAAACAAGAAAACUCAAAAUCCAUCCAUCAAAAUAACAUCAAUAUUCAAAGACAGCACGAUAUUUUUUUGAAAAUCGAAAAUAAGAAGAAGUUGAUCAAUGAUGAGAAGCAGAAGCUUUCCAAACAGUUGAUUAGAGAACUUCAGAAUGACAAGAAAAUUGCCAACCAACAAAUCACCAACAAUUUAUUGAAUUCCUCACUCGAUACCAAUUUGAUCGUUGAGAAUGCUCGGAAAAACCUUCUCAAACAAAGUCUGGCGAGACGGAAGAAGUACAUUGAGCAAACAAAGUUGCUCCAAGAGAAGUUCAUGUCGCAAGAAGACCUUGAAAUGAUGAACUAUUCCAACCCAGGGUUGCCAGGGUUCAGAAAACACAGAUUGAUGCAACAACAGGCUACAAUGAUGUCGCCAUUCUCCCCUUUCAAUGGAGACAGAAGUGUCAAUUUACCGUUUGAAGUGGAAGAAGAAUAUUUCGAUCCGUAUACCAGCAAUGUUAUUAAAGAUGCCCAAUAUUUGGCUGGGGGUAUUAGAGUCGAACAGAUCUAUAAGAAAUCGUUGUUCGAGGCAUUUUUUGGUUUGGAUUGUAUUAUAAAAGAAGAGAAAAGUGCUUGA